CGUCAGAUUGUCGUAAUUCAUAUUCAUAAUUCAAGCCUUUACCGUAGUAGGAUUCAUAAUUUGUCCAGCCGUCCCAACUUCGAAGUGUCCUGUUAUGGAAGUGCGGUAACACGAGACAUGGGGCUCCGCAUAUUAUUUUAUGACUGGGAUUGUUCAGAGUGCGACAGGCAAACGCGUUUCACCGGACCGCACGGAAAACACGACUAGCAGGAGUCAAGAAACUCACUCACUAACCAAAGAAAACCUUUCCCCAAGGCCCAUCCACACAAGAGGAAGAGUGAAUGUCAGUAUGAGAUGUCGUCCCUCAGCGCUAGCUUCGUUCAGAUCCGUUUCGAUGACGUCCGCUUCUAUGAGAACUGCGGCGGCGGGAGUUUUGGGAGCGUGUACCGGGCACACUGGAUCUCACAGGACAAAGAAGUGGCUGUCAAAAAACUGCUGAAGAUUGACGCUGAGGCUGAGAUUCUGAGUGUCCUGAGCCACAAAAAUAUUAUUCAGUUCUACGGAGCCAUUCUGGAGGCGCCUAACUAUGGCAUUGUCACAGAAUAUGCCAGCAGAGGAUCACUGUAUGAAUAUUUGUCCAGUGUUGACAGUGAGGAGAUGGAUAUGGAUCAAGUAAUGACCUGGGCGAUGGAUAUUGCUAAAGGAAUGCAUUAUUUACACGCCGAGGCUCCUGUGAAAGUCAUUCACAGAGACCUGAAGUCAAGAAAUGUUGUGUUAACUGCAGACAAUGUAUUAAAGAUCUGUGAUUUUGGAGCAUCUAAGUUGGUUUCUCACACAACGCACAUGUCUCUGGUGGGCACCUUCCCUUGGAUGGCCCCUGAAGUGAUCCAGAGUCUGCCCGUCUCAGAAACAUGUGACACCUACUCGUACGGCGUGGUAUUGUGGGAGAUGCUAACCAGAGAAGUGCCAUUUAAAGGUUUUGAGGGUUUGCAGGUGGCCUGGUUGGUGGUGGAAAAACAUGAGAGGCCGACCAUUCCCAGCAGCUGCCCCGCUAGCUUUGCAGACCUGAUGAGACGCUGCUGGAUUGCAGAGCCCAAGGAAAGGCCACAGUUCAAACAGAUCCUGAGCACCCUUGAGACCAUGAAAAACGACAGCAAACUGCCCGGCCAGUGCAACUCCUUCUUACAUAACAAAGCAGAGUGGAGGUGUGAGAUUGAGGAGACGCUGGAACGCUUAAAGCAGUUGGAGAUGGAGUUGAGCUGUAAGGAGCAGGAGCUGGCAGAAAGAGAGAGACGACUGACAGAGUGGGAAAACAGACUUAUGGAAAGAUCCAGAUCCUGCACUCCUCUGUUUUCACAUAUUUCCCCCUUGGCAGCUACUCUCAGUGCUGAGUCCUUCUAUGAGGCUCACAUGGAGGAGAGCAAAAGCUCGGAGGUCAGCUGUCAGAUUUCAUCAACCUGCAGUAACGGGGAUCUGGGCCAGGCCAGCCUACAGAAGCUCAUGCUGGGGUUCGGGAGCGUCUUUGACAUGGAUAUGAACAUUCCCAGUGGCAACCUCAUCAGCCAGUCAGGGAUACAGUUGAAUAUGCAAGCAAAGAAGAAUUCCUCCAAGUCCUGCAGUGUUCGUGAGGGACGCAAACUGAACAUGGCCAUCACCAUGAACCACUUUGGCUGGUCUGACGACGACAGCGAUUAGUGGAGGGCAGCACGGUACGAUAGGGUGAGGUUAGAUGGGGUCAGAGCCGGUUCAAGCAAGGUCAAAUGAUUAGAGUCAGAGCUAGCAAAAUCAGGAAUCAAUAGUUGAAACUGUAACGAUUGAUCUGAAUAUUUGAAAAAAAUAGUUGCACCCAUUUGUGGUAUGUUUCAGUGCGAAAAAAAACCAAAACAAAACAUGCAUUACUUUAUCCAGAGCAGAGUAUUACGCUAACCCUUUAGCGGUAGGCCUGCAGGUCUGAAUAUACCGGCUAACCAGUAUUAAUACCUUUUGAUAAACAGCAAGCACGAUGAAUGACCUGCGGUCUAAUUGGGAAGAUACGGGGUACUGCAUAUAUGCCCAUAAAUGGAAGCAUUUACCAUUGGUGGGAGGGGUUUAUCUCUGCCUGCUCUGAGGGAGAUACCAGAUCAUGCUGAGAUUUCCCCUGUGAGACACAUUUACAGUAUUUAUAAAGUGUGAUGUGAGAUUUAAUGGGAUUUCUGAAGCUCUUUUUGUAAAGCCCUGAAGUUUUUAUAAAAUAAAGGAAAUACUGUACAA